AUGAGCGACCGAAAGGAAUGGCAACAUUCCUAUCAGCCGACGAACUACAACGGCUAUGAUUCUUAUGGCUCGAAUAGCCAAUCCAUCGGCCAAUAUUAUGGUCAAUAUAAUUUUACCCAUCAAGGUGGGCCUAACACCCAAUAUGGCUCAAGUAGUCAGUUUGGUGGCCAAUAUGGUAGGCUCAACUAUAUUGGCGGAUAUGAUGUUAUGAACCAAAAUGGUUCAAAUGAUCAAAAUGGCUAUAGCGGCCAAUAUGGUUCGACGUAUCAAUAUGGUUCUGGUAGCCAAUUCAAUGGCCAACAUGACUAUAAUGGCCAGUAUAAUCAAAUGGCCGGCGGACAAUACACUUACUCAGGUGGCCAAAAUAAUUCGCCUAAUAUUUAUGAUCAGCCUAGUUAUGGCUCCCACCAGAUGAAUCAUCCUAAUGGCUAUGAUGACCAAAAUGUUCUUAGCGUAAGGGAAAUGCCAUAUGUUGACCGCAUGGACAAAGAACAUCAAAAUGUCAUAAAGGAAAUAUUUGAAAUGAAAGAUUUAUUUAUGGAGAUGGCAGUUUCCAACGAACUUUUGGUUCAACAUUUGCGUGAAAUCUCCAUGCAACUUGCGAACGAAGAGCAAGUUCUUAGCCAACAAGAUGAGGGGCAAACUCUCAACCCCAACCUUAAUUCUCAGUCACAAAAGGAAAAUUCUCAUGUGGUUGCAAGCCGGCCACCCAUUCCACCUACUCCUCUAGAGGAAAGGGAGGUUAGUAAGGAAUAUAAGAAUGAGAAAGAGAUGGGUGAGACGAUGUUAGGAUCAAAUGUUCAAGUCGACCAUCCUAUUGAGAGCCUGACAUUGGUUGAGGAAAAGGAGUACACCCAAGGGGAUGAGACCCAAAAGAUGGCCACCGAUGAAAAUUGCAAUAUGGUCCAACCCAAGGCCACUAUUCUAGGAUGUAAUAACUUACCACCUAGUGAAGAAGGAGGUCGAAGCACGACCCAAGGUGGAAUCAUAAUAGACAUGAUUGUAGGAGAAAAACUAGACAUUGCGAGACCACAAUUGCAAGUGGUCAAGUUUAUUGAGCCCCAGCCAAAGGCCAAGAUUGGCCGACCAAAUGGACUUGGGGGGCAUGAAGGGUCGGCCAAAGUGAUGGCCAAAAGUCAUCCGGGUAGUUCUAGUCAUCCUAAUAUUUUAACCCAUCGCCAACAAAAGGGCAAGAUCCAAGUCAAGAAUAGGAAGGGCUCCAAGCUUGGAGUAAAACAUGGUUGGCCACCACCAUGGUCUCCAUGA